AUGGCUGAGGAUGAGAAACGAGCAGCAGUAGCAGAAGCGACAGAGGCCACCGAAGACGCAGCACGCCGUCCGUCCGCCUCGCCCACCGAGAAAUCCGAACCGAAUUCGGAACCCUUCUCCUACGAUGAAGACGACAGCUUCGCCCGCCAAGGCGAUCAGCCGCGAACCCCUACCGCCAUCGAGCACGAUCUCAAUGUUACCGAGGAUGACCUUCUCGAGGCCAAAGAGCUUGCCUCGCAAUAUACUCUCGAAGAGGUCCGCGAUAUCAUGAUACGAGUGCGCCGAAUCCAUGAAAAGGACCCCAAUUUCCCCACAACCGUCAUCGAGAAGGUCAAGACGUUUCUCGACAAUGACGACAUCUUUGAAAACCCAGACCAACAUCAGCAUCUCAUCCAAGAGAUGAAGCUCGAGGCCGCCCUCGUCACCAGCAACAGUCCCUACUCCGAGGUGCGUGCUGUUGUCAGCAACAAGGACGACCCCAAAACGCCGUGCUCUACUAUCCGAAGUUGGGCCAUAGGCUUGAUCUUUUCCGUCUUGCUUGCCUUCAUCAACCAGCUCUUCGAUAUUCGUCAACCGGCCAUUCGUGUCAUGGCCAACGUCGCCCAGCUACUUGCCUACCCCAUUGGCAAAGCUGCCGAACGCUGGCUCCCUGACAAGGGCUUUACUAUGUUUGGCAUCAGGCACACCCUCAACCCGGGCCCUUUUUCCAAGAAGGAGCACAUGCUCAUCACCAUCAUGGCCAACGUGGCUUACAACACGCCGUAUACAAACUACAUCAUUUGGGUUCAGUAUCUCCCACAGUACUUUGAUCAACCGUAUGCAUCGCACUUUGCAUACCAGCUGCUAAUUGCCCUCGCCACCAAUUUUAUUGGUUACGGCAUUGCUGGCAUCUGUCGCCGAUUCCUCGUCUAUCCGUCGUACUGCGUCUGGCCGGCCUCUCUAGUAACUAUUGCCCUCAACUCGGCGUUCCAUACCGAAAUGAACCCUCCCGUUGGCGGCCCAUUUCGCUCCAUCUGGAGGAUCUCGCGCAUCAAGUUCUUCUACCUCAUGUUCGCCGCCAUGUUUGUGUGGUUUUGGUUCCCCAAUUACAUCUGGGUCAGCUUGUCCAAGUUCAACUGGAUCAGCUGGAUUGCCCCUGGCCACCGGGACCUAAACAUUGUCACCGGCAUCAAUAACGGCUUGGGCCUUAACCCUUUCCCUACAUGGGAUUGGAACGUGCUUUUGUGGGAUUCUGCUGAUCCGCUCAUGGUUCCCUUCUUUAGUACGCUCAACCGUUUCAUUGGCGUCUUCGCUUCCUUUUGGGUAGUUUUGAUCUUCUGGUACAAGAACGUUUACAAUACGGGCUAUCUCCCCAUCAACACCAACCGAGUCUUCGAUCGCUUUGCUCAGCUUUACAACAUAACAAAGGCAACCGACGAUCAUGGGCUAUUCAACGCAGAGAAAUACGAGUCGUACUCGCCUCCAUAUCUUGGUGCUGGCAAUGUGGUCAUCUACAUGUUCUUUUUUGCCAUCUACACGUCGACGCUUACCUAUGCCGCGUUAUAUCAUCGCCACGAAAUUGCCAUGGGAUUCAAGGCCCUGUUUUACAGCUUGCGGCUGAAGAAGAAGCCCGUCAAGGAGGAACGUGUGUUGGAUGUGCACAAUAGACUGAUGCGCGCCUAUCCGGAAGUUCCCGAGUGGUGGUACAUGGCUUGUCUUGCCAUUGCUAUAGCCUUUGGAAUUUCAGGCAUCGUCGGAUGGGAUACCCACACCUCCCCGGGCGUGGUAUUUUGGGGCCUUGCUCUCUGUGUAAUCUUUGUGAUUCCUGUUGGUAUCAUCAAGGCGAUGACGGGGAUUGAAGUCACGCUCAACGUCUUGGCCGAGUUUGUCGGUGGCUCGUGGGUGGAUGGCAAUGCUCUGGCCAUGAACUACUUCAAGUCGUUUGGGUACGUCACUUGCGCGCAUGCCAUUUGGUUCUGCAACGACUUGAAGCUUGCCCACUAUGUCAAGAUUCCGCCUCGCCAGACCUUUGUUGCGCAGAUGGUUGCCACCUUUCUCAGCACCAUUGUCUGCAUUGGCGUGUUGAACUUUCAAAUGAACAAUAUCAACAAUGUUUGCACGCCAGAGGCUCAGUAUAAACUCACCUGUCCCGGCGUCAACACCUUCUUUACCGCCUCUGUCUUAUGGGGUACCGUCGGCCCCCAGAAGAUCUUUGGUCACCGCGGCCAGUACAGCCAGACCCUGAUUGGCUUUCCACUCGGCGUUGUCAUUGUCGUUUUGAUCUGGGCCCUGAACAAGAAAUUCCCCAAGUGGACUUGGGCUCGGCAACUUCACCCUGUCGUUAUUCUCUAUGGAGGCAUCGUCUGGGCGCCAUAUAACAUGUCAUAUGUCUGGCCGUCUGUUCCCAUUGCUUACUUUUCAUGGAUCUAUCUGAAGACCAGGUUCCUUGGUCUAUGGUCAAAGUACAACUUUGUCCUCUCAGCAGCAUGGUCAUGUGGUAUCGCCAUCUCUGGCAUCAUCAUCUUCUUCAGCUUACAAUAUACCGAAACCGACUUCGACUGGUGGGGCAACAACGUUUCCGAAAUGGGUUGUGAAGGCAAUGCCUGCGCGCUCAAGACCCUAGGCCCCGGCGAAUGGUUCGGACCCGGCCCGGGAAAGUUCAACUAA